AUGACAAUAAAAAUUCCACAGGAAAAAUUGUGUCAACUUAAGACUGAGUUAAAUGCUAUGUUGGAUAAAAAGAAGGCUACCCUCACAGAAUUACAGAAACUAACAGGGUUGCUAAAUUUUUGUGUUAGGGCUAUACCAUCAGGUAGGGCAUUUGUUCGUAGACUGUAUGACGCUACUCGUGGCUUGACAAAGCCUUAUCAUCGACGUAGAGUUUCAGCUGAGAUGAAAAAAGACAUUCACACAUGGCUGUUAUUUCUAGAUUUAUUUAAUGGGGUGACUUCUUAUCAGACAGUCGACUGGACUGCAGACUUCGACCUUCAGUUAUUCACAGAUAGUGCUGGUCAUGCAGACUUGGGGUGUGGGGCCAUCUUUGAGUCUCAUUGGGCUUACAUGGUGUGGCCACAGAAAUGGAGGCAUUCAAAUAUUUUUAAGCAGGUCACAUUUUUAGAGUUAGUACCUAUUGUUAUGGCAUUUACCAUUUGGGGUGAGAAAUUUCAAGGGAAAAAGGUCAUUUUACAUACUGACAACAAAGCCCUAGUAUCAAUAUUGAAUUCCAAGACAUCAAAAUCUAAGCAAAUCAUGCAAUUACUUAGACCUUUAGUAUUACAAGGAUUGUUGCAUAACAUUCUCUUUAGGGGGGAACAUAUAGAUGGUGUAAAAAAUGUUAAAGCUGACUCUCUUUCCCGACAGCAAUGGUCAAGAUUCAAAGAGUCCUUUCCGGAUGCCGACAAGCAGCAAACGGAGGUACCCCUCACAUUUCAGCAACAGAUCUACAGCAUAGAUCUCAAGUCCUGUUAA